UUUCAGUUUUCAAAGAAGCCAGAGGGUAGCCUGUUUGUAGCCUUUUCAGGCACGCAACAUUAUCCAUUGCUGCUGCUGUGGCCACCAGAUGGAAGCUGAGAUGGGCCCGGCUGCCCCAUGCCUUCUAGGGCUGUGAGACACACCUAAGAGCCUCCAAUGACAUGAGGGUGCUGGGAAAGAGCAACGAGCAGCGCAGAAAGAAGAGAAUAGCUGGGAGCGCUGUGCCGCGUGGCCGCAGGCUGCCUCGAGCGACCGUUCUUCUGCUCGGCCCACUGUGCAGCUACCGGCGCGCGCGGCCACCAGGGGGCAGCGUGCCUUCCUCUGCGACCGUUACUCCCCCUCGGCCGCCGCCGCCCGACCAUAGCUAUUUCCGCCUCCUCCCCUUCCCCCCCCGCCUGCCGCUAGCCGCUGUGAGGUGGGGCUGCGAGGUUUUUCUCCUCGCAGCAGCGCUGAUGGGCGACGCUGAGACUAUCUGGGCAAAACCAGUUUUAUGAGCAAAGCGUACAUCUCUUUUUCAGGCAUUCGCUCUUCUGAGGAUUCUCUUGUGUAACUUGACACUGUGGUCUCAAGAGUUUUCUCUGUUUUCAGUCGACCUCAUUUUAGUGAGCUAAAUGAAAUAAGUACAACUGGUGGCUUGAGUGCUAUUUUGAAGUGCAUGGGGCCAGCAGAGUUAUGUCUGAGCUCAGUUAUGUGGCCCAUGGAAGUUUACUGUAUUCUGAGGGAAAAAAAAGUGCUUAUCUUCGUACGUGGAAGGCAUUAAGCAAAUUGUGUAUCUGCUUCUUGAUUUGAAUUUUUUUGCUCUCAUUUAUUAUUUUAGAAAGUAAACAAAAAAGAGUUAUAGAUAAACUAUAACAAUGUGCCUGAAUUUUUGUUUAAUUUCUCAGUAGAAAGUAGAAUUAAGGUCAUGAAUAUGUCCUGAGGAUGUGAGGAUUGCCAAAAUAUACUGUAGAUGCUUUUCAGAGAAAAACAGUAGAUAUCAAAUAACUGUUGAGUCAUAAAACCCAGAUGCUGGUUACAGCUCAGAUUGGUGAGAAGUAUAUAAUCACCACUACUAUAGCUGCCCAAUGCCCGUUCCUGCUUCAAGAACUUCCCCGAAAGCCUGUUUCUAAUUUUAUGGAAACCCUUUGAAAUUUGGCACAGUUUACAAAAAUCCGCUGACCAGAUCCCAGAAAAAAGAAUUUGUGUUCUUUUAGAAGACUGCAGAAAAAUGAAGACCCGGCUAAAAGUGCUAUUUGGCGUGGUUGUGUGUGUUUUGCUUUCCUUAUUACUUAUGUGUAUUGUACUGCUUCCAUCCAAAGUUGUCACCACAGCUGAUGGUCCUAGAGCUCUUACACUGGACGAUUACUUGAAUGGAAAUUUUCAAUAUAAAACGUAUUUUCCAUACUGGGUGUCAGAUAGUGAAUAUCUUCAUCAGACUCCAGAAGAUGAUAUUGUUCUUUUCAAUGUUGACAUGAACUACCUAACUACCAUCAUGACCAACAGCACAAUGAAACAAGUUAAUGCUUCAAAUUAUGUGAUGUCAUCAGACAAAUACUUCUUAGCUCUAGAGAGCAAUUAUUCAAAGCUGUGGAGAUAUUCUUAUACAGCAUCAUACCACAUUUAUGAUCUCAUAUAUGGUGGUUUUGUAACAGAAAAUCAGCUUCCACAUAAAAUUCAGUAUAUAUCCUGGUCACCCGUUGGACACAAAUUGGUGUACGUUUACCAAAAUAAUAUCUAUUUGAAACAAAGUCCAAGAGAGGCACCAAUUAAACUAACUAGUGAUGGAAAAGAAAAUGAAAUAUUUAAUGGAAUUCCAGAUUGGGUCUACGAAGAGGAAAUGCUAGCAACAAAAUAUGCAUUGUGGUGGUCUCCAAAUGGGAAGUAUUUAGCAUAUGUACAAUUUAAUGAUUCUGGUAUACCAGUAAUUGAAUAUUCAUAUUUUGGUGAGGACCAGUACCCAAGAAAAAUAAUUAUCCCAUACCCCAAGGCUGGUGCUAAAAAUCCUACUGUUAAAGUGUUUAUUGUAGACACGACUAAUACUGAAGCAUUUGGUCCUAAAGAGGUGCCUGUUCCUGCAGUGAUAGCGUCAAGUGAUCAUUAUUUUACUUGGCUUACUUGGGUAACAGAUAAUCGAGUUUGUGUGCAAUGGCUAAAGAGAAUCCAGAAUUUUUCAGUCUUAGCUAUUUGUGACUUCAAAGAAAAUUCAAAUACCUGGGAGUGUCCUGAGAAUCAGCAGCACAUAGAGGAGAGUCAAACAGGAUGGGCAGGCGGAUUCUUUGUUUCUGCACCAUAUUUUACCUCAGACAGCAGUUCAUACUACAAAAUUUUUAGUGACAAAAAUGGUUAUAAGCAUAUACAUUACAUCAAUGGCUCUGUGGAAAAAGCAAUCCAAAUUACAAGUGGAGAAUGGGAGGCAAUAUAUAUUUUUAGAGUAACAAAUGAUGCAAUUUUCUACUCAAGCAAUGAAUUUGAAGGCUAUCCAGGAAGAAGAAAUAUUUACAAAAUUAGUAUUGGAAGUAAGCCUAUCAGAAAACUAUGCAUUACUUGCAAUUUACGGAAAGAGAGAUGCCAGUAUUAUACAGCGAGGUUCAGUGAACGCUCUAAGUAUUACGCCUUGAUCUGUUAUGGUCCUGGGAUUCCUAUUUCUACUCUUUUUGAGACCGAGAGUGAUAGAGAGCUCAGAAUAUUAGAAGACAAUCAGGAAUUGCAAUCUGCUUUGCAAGAGAUCAUACUACCAAAAGAAGAAAUUAAUAAACUUGAAGUGGAUGGUAUAACUUUGUGGUACAAAAUGCUUGUACCCCCACAAUUUGAUAGAUCCAAGAAGUACCCACUGCUUAUUCAGGUGUAUGGAGGACCAUGCAGUCAGAAUGUAAAACACACCUUUAGCAUUAGCUGGAUAACCUAUCUUGCAAGCAAAGAGGGAAUUAUUGUUGCUCUAGUAGAUGGCAGAGGAACAGCUUAUCAAGGUGACAAGAUUUUGCAUGCAGUUUAUCGAAGACUAGGAGUCUAUGAAGUUGAGGACCAAAUCUCAGCUGUGAAGAAAUUUAUAGAAAUGGGUUUUAUUGAUGAGAAACGAAUAGCAAUAUGGGGCUGGUCCUAUGGUGGAUAUGUAACUUCUCUGGCACUUGGAUCUGGCAGUGGAGUAUUUAAAUGUGGAAUAGCUGUGGCUCCUGUUUCCAGCUGGGAAUAUUACGCGUCUAUCUACACAGAACGGUUUAUGGGUCUUCCUGUAGAGUCCGAUAAUCUUGAGCACUACAAGAAUUCAACUGUGAUGGCAAGAGCAAAGAACUUCCAAAACGUUGAGUAUCUUCUCAUUCAUGGAACAGCAGAUGAUAACGUACAUUUUCAGAACUCAGCACAAAUUGCAAAAGCUCUGGUUAAUGCACAGGUGGAUUUCCAGGCAAUGUGGUACACUGACCAGAACCAUGGAAUUCCAGGACUUUCCAGCAAACAUCUCUACACACAUAUGACCCACUUCCUCAAACAAUGUUUUUCUUUGUCAGAAUAGGUAGGCUACUCAGAGAAUGCUAAGUCAUCUGAUACAUCUCUGAGAGAAUGCCGUGAUAGUAGUGCCCAGGUUGUAUCACUUUCAGGUAAAUUGAUAUGAGGAUCUCUGAAGUUUAUAAUUUGAUAUUUACAUCCAUUUUUGAGAUUGUAUAUUAGCAGAUGUUACGCUAAUACGUGUUUUGGCACAUUUAACACCUGUUUGAUAGCAAAAAAUAAAAUCAGAAUGUAACAUGGCAUGUGCAUUUAUUGCCAUCUUGCUUAAACUACAUUCGGCAUUCCAAAGAUAGGUGGUCCGUUGCAAAGGCAUGCUGCCAAAUGAAUAUAAUUACAUUUGUUAACUAUAACUGUAAAAUGGGCAGGGACAAAGAAAGCAGUGCAAGUAACUAAUUAACAUCCUAACAAGAACUAGUUUCUCAGAAUUUAUAUAUAUUUCCAGUUUAUUGGAAAGAAUCCAAGCAGAGAUAGGAACAUAAUAUUUGAAGCUGUAGUAUGGAUAAUUAUUGAAUGCUCUAUUCAAAUUACAUUCAGCUCUUAUUUGAAGCCCUUGUUCUGUAUUCAGGUUUAAAUGUGGAAGCAGGGCAUUCACAAUACCUAUUUUAUCUCAGUGUUUUUUUAUGCCUGGUUUGAGAAUAUGUUAGGCAUUUCAACCUGUUUUUACUCAUCACCUCAACAUUCACGUUAAUUUUAAUGUCAUUCAUCCCAGACUGGAGAGGAAAGAAUCAAAGAAAUAUGCAGGCUUUCUUUGUUUAGUUUCCAGUUAAAUUAUUUUAGAGCAUCCUGUAAAAACUCUGGAGGCUAAUAAUGAUUGGAUCACAUAUAUUCUUUUAAUUAGUAAUUAAAGGAGUCCAGUCAUAAUAUAAGAAUAUGAACAAGAUAAUUGGCUGGAGAUCCAUUUUAGAAGGUCACAUUUAAAAAAUUCUGAGUUAGCCUAAUGCAUAAGAACUGUUGUCUGUCUAACAUAGUAUCUCAGCUCUGCUAUUAUCAAGUAAGUUCAAAAUAACCUGAAAAAAUUGUGGAGUAGAAUUCCCACAAAGAAAGAAAGAAAGAAAGAGAGAAAGAAAGAGAGAAAGAAAGAAAGGAAGAAAGGAAGAAAGAAAAACAACCUGCUUCCUAACUCCCAGAUAUUGGUUGUUGCUUGUGGAAAAGCAAGGCAUUUCAUUCGACCCUUGACAAAAACAUGGGGUUUAGCCAAAAUAAUUAAAAUGUAGAAGUGAUUUGCUAUGUAACGGCUUCCUUCAUUUUGUUAAUGGCAAUAUCAAAUCUGAUUUUCUGCACAUGAGAACAUUUCUCAGACGUCGUUAUGUAAAUGUAGUUGCCAAGCUGUUUGUAAUGGUUAAAUUAUACUUUGAUGGGAACUCUUCAGAAAAUACUCAAUUAGUUCAGGUUUUGUUGGAAACACUGCCAAUUAUGUGACGUUAAUGAGCUUUUUGUUAGUAAUGUAAUUAAAAUGCAACUGCUAUAAUGGUUAAAGGAAAAAAUUACAGCUCUAAGAAAGUUAAUGUUAAGCAAAUAUAACAUAAAGUAGGGCUAAUUAGAUGUUGAUUAUAUGGUCCUAUGUGCAUUUGCUGUAAACAGCAAUACUGUCAGUGAUCUGAUUAUUCUACAAAUAAGGAAUACAAUUCAGUUGAAAUUACUGAGAUUUAACGCUCAUUUUUGAAACAACCCCACAAAAACUACUGCAGAUUUGUGGUGAAAGAGAAUAAAAUCAGGGUCUUGCAGCAGAUGUUUAAAGGCUUUAGAUACCUGAAUAAGUCAGUGGGAACCCAGAUCAAUUUUCAGAAUGCAUGGUGUCAAGCUCAUGUUAAUCAUUAAGUUCUCUGAUUGUGCAGCCUUAUACCACUGUGGAUACUACAAGUAAUAACAUUAUACAGUGCACUGUUUACACCUUGACCAGAGAUCUGUAGUCAAAAGCUUCUGGAGUUAUUUGAGAUAAGGGACAUUUGUGGAAACUGUGUCAAAUAAAAUAACAGAAGGUACCUUUUUUCCCAA